AUGUCUUCCGCGUGUGAGGUGCGACUUUGCAACGCAGGACCCGUGCACCAACUGCAAAAAGUCCGAUGUGGAUUGCAGAGAAAUCGAAAAUUGACCCAGUUCAGGCCUUAUACGAGGAAGCGCAAGAGAUUCACAAACAGUUUGUCGCCACGGCGCAACCUGUCAAACUCUGCACCCUCGAGUCAAACACGGGGGUCGCAUGUUGCCGAUGACCCAGACGCCGACGCGCCGUCCACCUCGCUGAGCGGGUCUCAGCGAGAUAGGACAGCGUCCAAAUUAAUUAAUCAUGACGAGCCGUUCAUCAAACAAGAGAGCUAUCGCGGUCGCAGCGAAUAUCUCGGCGGCAGCGUACCGUUUGAUGAAAACAUGGUCAAACCCGGUCGCGAGACUACUUACACCAACCCCAAAGCAUCGGCGACGGAUUUGCAGAUGCUGCGCGACCAAGGCGCUUUUGAACUUCCGCCGCUCUCAGUUCAGCAGGAAUUGAUGGCUAGUUUUAAUACGCAUUGUGCACCUUGGACUCCCGUCGUCGACCCUAGGUGGAUGGACGAGAAUGAGCCCUCAAUGUUGCUUUUGCAGGCAAUAUUCCUCGCCGGAAGUCGUGUCUCCAAGGCGCAUCUGGACUACGGGUCCAGCGAAGUAUUUUACCGGCGAGCAAAGUUGCUAUUCUUCUUCGGUGGUUGCGACGACCCUCUCAUUUCCAUUGUCGCUGCUUGCCUCUUGCAUUGGUAUAAUCCCGUUGGACCUGAAGAUGUUUCCACUGACACCAGUGGAUUUUGGAUUCGCACGGCUGGAGCGAUGGCUUUCCAGAUUGGCCUCCAUAAGGAACCGCCACCACAUUCCCGCGAUCGCGGUCUACGGCGAAGGCUGUGGUGGUCUCUAGUGGUGCGCGACAAUAUUAUAUCUGUUGGUGUUGGGCGGCCGCGAACCAUCAACCUGCGAGACAGCGACGUGCUGCCACCAUCACUCAACGACUUCCCCGUGAAUAACUUCAAAUCCCAAUUGUUUCUGGGAUACUGCACAAUAGCCCGACUCCUGGGUGACACGGUCGAGUCCCACCUGCGACAAGAGAUCUCUCGCCAACGGCAAGUCGAUCUUGAAAAUGCCGUCUACCGAUGGGCGAAACAAGUCAUUCCUAAACUACAAUCAGCUGUGCCAUCCCAGGAAGAUACAGCCAUCUGCAACCUCGAAGUUCAACAACUGCUGGUUAUGUACUUCGUGGUUCUCACUAUCCUCCACCGCUCGCCAACGCCGGGAGGAUCACCACCCGCCGCCUCGCUAGUUGCGUCGUCCUUCAUUGCAGGAAUCUACGAGGAGUUCCUCCUCCGUGACGAGCUCCGCUACUUAGGCCCCGUCUUCGCAUUUUACCCGCUGUGUGCUGGUCUAUCGCUCCUGUCUAGCAACCGGUAUACCCAAUUACAGAGCACUGCCGAGCACGAGCUGACCGUCAUGAAACUUUGCCUCCAGAAGCUGUCAGAAAGAUGGCUGUCGGCAGUGGGACCUUUGCGCGCCUUGAACAAAUUGACUGAAAAGGUCCGAGAGCAAGGCCCGUUCGAGGGUACACCACCAAAGCUCGACCCCGACGCCGCCUCCUUCUUCGAAGGAUUCGACACAGGAUUGUGCAAACAAUGGCAAGUUAUUGGUUACUCGCCAGAGCCUCUGAAUGGAAGUUCCGGAAUCUCACCGACAUGUAAUCUGGCGGAUAUUCACGCUUCAAAUGAUGCACUUCGAUCUCUCGAUACACCUUCCGGACAGCCGGAUAAUUUCGACUUUGCGUCUCUCGAUGUCAGUCUUGAUCCGUUCAGUAAUAAUUGGGAAGGAGCUGGGUUUGAUUGGAGUGGUUCCUGGCUGCUCAAUGUGUAA